CUCGUCGUGUUGAAAUCCACCUUGCACAGUGCCGUCCCGAAGAAGAGAGGAGAGGAGAGUCGAAAAGUCAGCAGCGGAGGCGUGUCUGAGGAAUCGGAAAAGAAAAAAUGUUCACGCCUGUCGAGACGACUAUUGGAGCCGUGUUGCUGCACCAAGCAACCAGUACCCUUCUCUAUCAAAAUGGCAACAUACUCGGACUCAGCGGAUACCUGCGCCAGCUCUUCUCUGCGCCUACCAAGGAGCAUCUCGCCUUCUUCACCGGUAUGGCCGCCAGUUACGUCCCCUUGAAGGCCCUGGCGCCGCAACUCAUCACAACCUACCCUGCCCUGAACAUGACGCCAAAGAUUGCUCUCGCGACUGCUGCCGUCGGUGCGUUGAUCGGAUGGGGAACCAAGAUGGCCAAUGGCUGCACUUCAGGACACAUGCUGUGUGGCCUUCCUAGGCUCAGCAGCCGCUCUGCAACAGCCGUUGCCGUCUUCUUCCCCACGGCCAUCAUCACACACCACCUGACCAGCCCGACACUAUCCACUUCGCUAUGCUCCGGCGACGUACCGUGCUACACGCCUGUGUACCCUUCCACAGACACGACCGCAUCGCUGGUCAUCCUUGCCGCCCUCAACAUCCUCGCCGCACGCACACUGCCCAGCCUAGCCGCCCAGGUCACAACCCCAGAUGGCACCAAGCAAGACUCUGCCGAGAAGCCUAGCAUUGCACGCAAUACGACGCAGUUCUUUGCUGGCCUCCUCUUCGCGCUGGGUCUGCACAUCUCGCAGAUGGCACAUCCCGCAAAAGUCUCGGGCUUUCUAUCAUUCCCAGUCCUGCGCCACUGGGACCCGUCUCUUGCGCUGGUCAUGGUCUUUGGCGUGCUGCCCAGCCUGAUUGAGAAUCACAUCAGAGGCUUCGAGAAGCCGCCGUUAUUUGCCGAAAAGUUUUCCCUCCCGACCAAGACGUUCAAGGACAUUGAUAGGAGAUUUGUCGCGGGCGCUCUAGCGUUUGGUGUCGGCUGGGGUCUGACUGGCACCUGUCCUGGGCCAGCGGUGCUCAGGGCUUUUGCUCAGCCAGUCUGGGGGCUAUUAUGGCUGGGCGGAUUCUGGAUGGGUGGGAAGGUGGACAUCUAAUGAAGAUGUUCGUUUGCGCUAUGUUAUUACCUACCUAAUGUGUGUACUUGAUGAUAUCCAAGACAAAUAGAAGGGACGCUUUUGCUUUUGGGAUGCUGUUCUCAGCUGGCUAGCCUUGUAGAACCAGGGUCCGCCACAUGGCUAUGUAGUGUUAGC